GACAGAUUUACAGCACGGACCGGAACUGUUUGUUGUGUCGGCGCGUAGGUGUUGAAGCAAUGAAGUAUUAACGAAGUAUCGACGGAGUAUUAACGAAGUAUCGACGGAGUAUUAACGAAGUAUCGACGGAGUAUUGAUCGGUUUGUUGGAUUAUUUGUCGGCUUUGUUAAAAACAUGGCGACAAAACGAAAAAGUGACUUCAACGUUCCUGCGGAGGAAAGUGAUCAGCUGCUCAUCCGCCCGCUAGGAGCUGGACAGGAAGUGGGACGGUCCUGCAUCAUCCUGGAGUUCAAGGGACGAAAGAUCAUGCUGGACUGUGGGAUCCAUCCGGGCCUGGAGGGAAUGGACGCUCUUCCGUACAUCGACCUGAUUGAUCCGGCUGAGAUCGACCUGCUGCUCAUCAGCCACUUUCACCUGGACCACUGUGGCGCCCUCCCCUGGUUCCUGCAGAAGACGAGCUUUAAAGGACGAACCUUCAUGACUCACGCCACAAAGGCCAUCUACCGCUGGCUGCUGUCCGACUACGUCAAAGAGUCGACCUAUGGGACUCACAUCCAUGAGAAGCGUGAGGAGCGAGAGGCUCGUUUCUGUAACACCGUCCACGACAUCGUGAACAGGGAGGGUCGAUGUCUGAUCCCAGUCUUCGCGCUGGGACGAGCUCAGGAGCUGCUGCUAAUUUUGGACGAGUACUGGCAGAACCAUCCAGAGCUGCAUGACAUCCCCAUCUACUACGCCUCCUCUCUGGCCAGGAAGUGCAUGGCCGUGUACCAGACUUACAUCAACGCCAUGAAUGACAAGAUCCGAAAGGCUAUCAACAUCAACAACCCCUUCGUCUUCAGACACAUUAGCAACCUGAAGAGCAUGGAUCACUUUGAUGACAUCGGCCCCAGCGUGGUGAUGGCGUCUCCUGGUAUGAUGCAGAGCGGUCUGUCCAGAGAGCUGUUUGAGAGCUGGUGCACUGACAAGAGGAACGGAGUCAUCAUCGCUGGAUACUGUGUGGAGGGAACGCUGGCUAAGAAGUUUAACGGGACUGUGUUCUCGUCUCAGUGGAUCGCCAACCCGCUCAACGACAUGUAUGCUGACGCCGUCACCACGGUGAUCCUGGAGGUCCAAUCCAACCCAAACGCCCAGAAAUUUCCCGAAGGUCGGAAGGAAACGUUCGACGCGGACGUGUUUGUCGAGCGACUGGAGCUCAUGCUGCACGACAUGUUUGGAGACGACUGCGUGAAUUUCAAAGACGGUAAAAACCUGAGCGUGACGGUGGACGGAGUCACGGCGCUCAUCGACUCGGAGACCAGAACUGUGGCCUGCACAGAGGACGAGUCUCUCAGGGAGAUGGUGGAAGUCGCCAUCCAUCGACUGUACGACGCCCUCAGCCCCACCGUCUGACGAGCACGCCCACUCUGUAAUGUCACCAGCGUGGGUCCAAUCGCAGGGAAGUGAUGUUUGUGUGAUAUGAGUUUAUUAAUGAAACGAAAUGUAGAAUCAAUCGUGAACAUUAAUAAACACAAAUGUCGUCGUGUCAGCUGAUAGGAGUUAAUAGAAACUUUUUUUAAAUAAUGAGAAAUUGUUUUGAUAAAGUUUCUUGUUUUGAAAGUUUCUGAUUAUUUCUGUAAUGUUUCUGUAAGUAAACAAAACGUUUUGAUACUU